CCCCUGCUUGCCCUUUGGCUUCAGCGCUCUGUCCUGCUCCAGCUUGCAUAACGGCACGGGGGGAGGCAGGGCUGGCUCCCCGGGGGCCGCCGCAACGCCUGCCCAUAAAUAGGGGCUCGACAAACUCUCCUGCACGGCAACGCUCUGCCUCCAGCUCUCAGCUCGGCUCGGCUCGGCUUUGCCAUGCAGGCCACACUGCUCAGCGUCCUGGCACUGGCCCUGCUCGGGACACUGCACGCCCAGGACAGCAUUCCUGUCCAAGCUGACUUCCAGCAGGACAAGCUCACAGGGAAAUGGUACAGCAUCGGCCUGGCCUCCAACUCUAACUGGUUCAGGAGAAGAGGCACCUGAUGAAGAUGGUGCACCACCAUCAUCUCCACCACUGGAGGGAACCUGGAAGUUACCUCCACCUACCCCAAGGGUGACCAAUGUGUAACGAGGAACAGCCUUUACACCAAGACAGAGCAGCCGGGGCGGUACAGCUACACCAGCCCACGCUGGGGCAGCAAGCACAACAUCCAUGUGGUGGAGACCAACUACGACGAGUAUGCCUUGGUGGCCACCCAGAUCUCCAAGAGCACUGGUUCCUCCACCAUGGUCCUGCUCUACAGCCGAACAAAGGUGCUGAGUCCUGAGCGCCUGGAGAUGUUCACCCAGUUCUCCAGGGAGCAGGGCCUGACAGACGACGAGAUCCUCAUCCUGCCCCAGACGGACAAAUGCAUGGCAGAUGCUGCUUAGGUGGACCCACCAGCUGCUGCCAGCCCAAGCCCCACAGCACCACAAGCUGGUGACCACCCUGCCCCAUCUGACCACCAGUGGACCCCAGCACCACAGCAGCCUUCACUCCCUGGCUUCACAACCCACACCUGUAUCCCUAUCUUGAUUAAAGUCCAUAAAACCCA